CCAUGGCCUUUGUCUCCGUUUGUGACCUUGUUUCUAACACUAAUAUUUAGACACAACAGGAGAGGGGAGAGGAAGGAUUAAUAGUUAAUCCCCAGCAGGAACCCAAUAAAGAGGAACUCUCAAAGCACUUACCUUUCUGUUACAUCCUACUAAAAAGGGAAGGAAAUUCUUACUUAUCGAGCCCCUCCCGCGGCCAGACCCUGCAGCGUGUGUUUCUCGGUGGACUGCCUCAUUUUGUGUUUACAAUAACCUCGUGAGGUAGGGACUUUUGCCCCUGUUUUUCAGGGGAGGAAACUGUGGCUUAAAACAUUUGGGUCACUUGCCUGAAGUUACAGAGCUGGUAAAUGAGGAUUUAAAUCUUGUUCUUCCAUCAGCGGCAAUGCCUGGCGUCCCCUAGGCCCUGAAUAAGUGUUCGUUUUGCCUCCUUUCUGCCCACACGCUAACCCAAGCAGGUGUAGGGAAGAGCUGGCGUUCAGGGGCCCUGGCACCCAGCACUUCCUGGAGGGGCCGCAGCACCACCUUUGCCACAGGUGCCAACCCCAUCGCGACAUGAAUCACAUGCAUAUGACACACCUUAUCGCACGGUCUAAGGGAGCUAAGCGCGCCGAUACCCGGAGGUCCUUCAGGCUGCUGGGAAGGAGAUCGACCAGCGAGUCACGCUAGGCGAUAAGCCUCCGAGAAGCAAAGUCCCCCUCCCCACGACACACACAGGUGCACAGGUGCCAAGCCACUCUUCCUGUGGGAAGGGUGGCUCACUCAGCUGGACAUCUGGGGGGCGAGUAGGGCCGUUGAGGGGUGGCGACCAUCCCUGGGACAGCCAGCAGAGCCCAGCCUGGAGCUGAGAAGCGUUACCCUCUGGACCAGAUAACCUGCAGGGCUCCUGGAGGCUCCUCCCCCCGAAGGGACUUUAGUCUUUGGAGCUGUCCGGAUGAGCUGAGUGAGAUAAGAGCUGGCAGGCUGCGAGGGCAGGGAGGGAGGGAACAUUUCACAGCCGCCCGCUGCCCGGUCAAGACUCCCAUCAUGGAGCCAAAGGCGGCCCGAUUGCGGCGGGGAGAAGGGCCGAGAGCAGAGCAAGAGGACCGAUGCUCAGGAGAAGGAAACGCUGAGAAGGACAGAGGCAUGGACUUGGUGCAAUGGACCAGGCAUAUGGAGGCUGUGAAGACACAGCUCUUGGAGCAAGCUCAGGGACCGCUGCUGGAGCUGCUGGACCGGGCCAUGUGGGAGGCCGUGCAAUCCUACCCACCACAGGGUGGACCUCUGCCCUCCGUUCCUCCAGACUCCUCGAGCAAGGCCCGGGAGCCAUCCCUGGGGAAACGGAAAAUGUUCAUCAUCCGAAAGUCCCUGCUUGACGAGCUGAUGGAGGUGCAGCAUUUCCGCACCAUCUACCACAUGUUCAUUGCCGGCCUGUGUGUCUUCAUCAUCAGCACCCUGGCCAUCGACCUCAUUGACGAGGGCAGGCUGAUGCUGGAGUUUGACCUACUGAUCUUCAGCUUUGGACAGCUGCCCUUGGCCCUGAUGACGUGGUUCCCCAUGUUCCUGUCCACUCUGCUGGUGCCCUACCAGGCCCUGCGGCUGUGGGCGAGGCCCCGGGCUGCAGGGGCCUGGACGCUGGGGAUGGGCCUAGGCUGCGCGCUGCUGGCCGCCCACACCGCCGUGCUCUGCGUCCUGCCGGUCCACGUGGCCCUGAAGUAUCAGCUCCCGCCCGCCUCGCGCUGUGUCCUAGUCUUCGAGCAGGUCAGGUUCCUGAUGAAGAGCUACUCCUUCCUGAGAGAGGCUGUGCCUGGAACCGUUUGUGCUAGAGUAGGCGAGGGCACGCAGGCUCCCAGGUUCUCCAGUUACCUCUAUUUCCUCUUCUGCCCCACGCUCAUCUACAGGAAGACUUACCCCAGGACACCGAGCGUCAGGUGGAAUUAUGUGGCCAAGAACUUUGCCCAGGCGUUGGGCUGCGUGCUGUAUGCCUGUUUCAUCCUGAGCCGCCUCUGCGUUCCCGUCUUUGCCAACAUGAGCCGGGAGCCCUUCAGUACCCGGGCUCUGGUGCUUUCUAUCAUGCAUGCCACGUUGCCAGGCAUCUUCAUGCUGCUACUCAUCUUCUUUGCCUUCCUCCAUUGCUGGCUCAACGCCUUCGCAGAGAUGCUACGAUUCGGAGACAGAAUGUUCUACCGGGACUGGUGGAACUCGACGUCCUUCUCCAACUACUACCGGACUUGGAAUGUGGUGGUCCAUGACUGGCUGUAUAGCUACGUCUAUCAAGACGGGCUCUGGCUCCUCGGUGGCCGGGCUCGAGGGGCCGCCGUGCUGGGUGUGUUCCUGGUGUCUGCCGUGGUCCACGAGUACAUCUUCUGUUUUGCCCUGGGAUUCUUCUAUCCCGUCAUGCUGGUCCUCUUCUUCGUCAUUGGAGGGCUCAUGAACUUCAUGAUGCAUGACCGGCACACCGGCCCCGCGUGGAACGUGCUAAUGUGGACCAUGCUUUUUCUGGGCCAAGGCAUCCAGGUCAGCCUGUACUGCCAGGAAUGGUACGCUCGGCGACACUGCCCCCUACCCCAGACAACCUUCUGGGGGCUGGUGACACCUCGAUCUUGGUCCUGCCAUUCCUAGAGGUCAGAGCACCCUCACUGCCCAGCUGAUACCACCAAGUUCUCCUCUGCCUGCAAAGCCCAGGCCCAGGGGGCCUCUCCCUGCAUUCCCAGAUCUAGCUCCGAGUCAGGGGGCCUGGCAGGCAUGACCCCACCAGGGACUCCAGGGGCUGAGAUCUGUGGACCUGGAGGGCAGCCGAGCACAGACUCAGAAUGUGGUGGCUCUGAGCCGCCAGCCCCCUAGAUCAGCACAGAGCCGCCUCCUCCCUCAUGACUGUCCAGACUUGGGGAGACGUGAAGGAUCUUACAGAUUUGGUGAACGCAGGGUGAGCUAGAGAAACCGGGGCCGCCAAGGUCUGAGAAGGGUUUGGCUCGCUCUUUGUACUGCUUCCGCUGCGAUAAUAAACUGUGUCUCUUUUUA